ACACGGACUAGUGCGGCCUAAGCGCGUAUACACUGGUCAUUAAUAAUUAUUUACCAAGGGAAACGUUUCCUUGCGUAUACCAAGUGGGCUUUCAUCUCUGUGUCAACCAACAUCGACCUUUGUGCUGCUUCAGGAUGUCUCGCUCCGCGCAUCGAGACGAUUUUUUCCAGACUACCGCCUCUCUCGAGGAAAGUGAUAGGAAGGCCGCGAAAUCUCGCAACACCGCAGGGAAUCCCAUAAGACUGCAGAGUAAGAUUCUUGCUGUGGCCGCGGAUCCUACGAGGAAUGGCUUCGUGUAUGUGGCAGAAAGCGCCGGUGCAGUGAGGAGGGUUGCAUUAGAAACUGGUGAAAGUGACGCUGUGUUCAGAGGGCCAACUGCGCCUGUUACCAGUCUUUGUUUCAGCCCUGACGGGAAACUACUCUUUGCGGGGUCCUGGGACAAAACAGUCUGGAGCUGGGAUAUUGCUACCAGACAGCCAAGGACCCGAUAUCAGGGCCACGCUGACUUUGUGAAGUCUGUUACUGCUGCCAGAGUCGGAGGCCAGGAUGUCCUCAUAUCCGGCGGAUCUGACGCAGAGAUUAUCGUUUUCGACAUCGCCAGCGGCUCUCGGCUUCACGUCCUCAAGGGACAUGCUCGGGGAAUCCAGGAUCUAGCCAUUGACCCAGUUUCUCUCGAGUCUGAUGGCUCCAAGCUGGUCCUCUUUAGCGCUGGAAGUAAUCGGGAGAUUCGCCGUUUCAAUAUCCCUCCUCAUACAGGUGAUUUGAGCGACGCGGACGCUCUACUUGCGCAUGAAACCAGCGUUUACAAGCUGUUUUUUGACGCUGACGGCGAUCUAUGGACAGCGUCUGCCGACAAGACUGCGAAAUGUCUCAUCCGGGAUAGUGACUGGAAACCGGAUCUGGUUCUUCAGCAUCCAGACUUUGUCAGGGAUGUUGUGGUUCACGACCCAUGGGUCAUCACAGCAUGCAGAGACGAAGAAGUUCGAGUGUGGAAUAAAGCGACGGGCGAGCUCUAUCAUACAUUCUCCGGUCACUUUGAGGAGGUGACUGGGCUGCUUCUUGUCGGAACUACUGUAGUCAGUGUCAGCAUUGAUGCUACGAUCCGACAAUGGUCCCUGAAACCGGAUGAUCUCCAACGGGCAAAGGAAGAGUCCCAGAAAAAGAAGCCGGAGGGUGAGGAAGCGCCUCAGCAGGAAUCCAUGCUCACAGAGGAGGAGGAACGCGAGCUUGCAGAACUGAUGGCGGAUGACGAUUGAGUUGGUUCAGUGGAUAUUGUUCUUGAUGAUAGAUGAUGUGAUGAGCGUACGGGAACUCCCCGGUAAAUAAGUAAGUAUCCCGCGUACCUACCGAGUACAUAGCAAGAUCGUAUACCCGCGGACGGGAGUGUCUUUGAUAAGUCUGCAACCUGCAUCCAGAUCGCAGUAAAUAAAUAGUAAUCCAUACUAUAAUAUACUAGAA